AUGUGGCGGCGUGGCGUGGCAGGUGUCAUGGCUCGCGGUGCUCGCGGCUUCUUGUCGCAAGCACCGGCACAGCCACCUCGGCAAAGCGUCAAUGUGCAUGCGCGUUCCGCGACGUCACCGCGGCAUAAAAAACAUCAGCAGGCAAAUAAGCCGCGGCCCGUGCAGCCACAUCGCCGCCUUUCAUGGCGUACUUCACCUCCGAUUGUGUGGCUUAUCGACAACGCGAUGCCCAUCGCGAUUUAUCAACUAUUCCUCGAGGCCGGAUGCACCGGCGUAUUUGCGUGGCUGCUGCUCCACGACAGGGUGACCACGGCGGGCAUUGAGGCAUCUCUUCACCGCUACCACUACCCAUUCACUGGCCUUGUCGACUGGGAGGGCGGCCGUCACAAGGAUGGCUGGACAGUCGCCGGAUGCCGCAUUGACGCCGACAAACUCACCGCACUGCACACGGGGCACAACAUUGCCAACGGUCUGCUCCCGCUUCAGGUGGCGGUGUUGGCGCUCACAUACCCCGCCGUGGCACGCGCGUGGACGCUGGCAGCGCAAGGGCCACUGGCAACUCGACUGCUACGCGUAAAAGAACGUUGCGCGGUAAUAAGUGUUCAUGAUCGUGUCGAAGCUGCCGCUUCUCAUCCGUUCGGGAAACCAAAACACCCUCGUCGGCGGUAA